GCACGCACCAUAUAUACCCGAGCCUUCCCCUCCGCUUCACCCAACUCGCUCGCGCCCCUCUUCCUCUUCCUCUGCCUCCCUCUCCCCACUGUGAAAGCAACAACCAAGCGCACCACCAAGCUAUGCUCUGCUCAGCUUUGCUCGAAACUCGCCUCCACACACCCACAAUGGGGGCUUCAGUACCUUGCUCCUUCUUCUUCGACGACGAGCCGCUCGGCGAGCCCGGCAUGCCGGCGCUGGACGCGUGCGCGCUCUGUGCCAAGCCGCUGGCGCGCGACAGCGACAUCUUCAUGUACAGAGGGGACACGCCCUUCUGCAGCGAGGAGUGCCGCCACGAGCAGAUGCAGCUCGACGCUAUCUGCUCCAGGCAGGCCGCCCGGAGGCAGCUGCGGCUCUCGUCGGGAUCGGAGGCCCGGCGCUGGCAUCAAGACUCCGGUAAGGUGUCCGUCGCGAGCUAGCCGGCAAAGCUGGCAACCCAGUGGAGUAGAGCUUGGCUUGAAUCGACGGUCUCUCCGGUUUGUGUCGCCUGAGCCGGAGAAGCUAUGAAGGAUCUGAGAAUGUUCAUGUGCUGAGGCUCCGGCCAUCUGGGUCGCCCACUGGACAACUUCUUCUGGCUCCGACUGGCUCCUUUUCGCCUCUGUGUGUGUUCGUUUGAGGCUUUUGAGCCGCGGUUGGUGCAACACCAUCUGUAAAUCGAAACCACUGGGAAAUCCCUAUUUCAACACAUAUAUUUGCCUUGA